CGCGUGGCGGAGGAGGGGCGCGGUCGAAGUGAACGGACGCCUGCGAUGCGUGACGGACUGACCUGAGGUCAUCAGCUGUCGCCAGAGGCGCCGACUCCGGCGCUAGUAGUGACUGUGGGACCCACGGCGAGUGACUGCGACAGUCCCGGCGCGUGACUGAGGUGACAAAGAUGGCGCACCGUCGCGGCCCGCCCCAGUCGGAGUCGACGCCGAUCUGCCGGUGUCGCGUGCUCUACCUAGGCUCAUCGGUGCCGCACAUCACCAAGGACGGCUUGCAGGGCAUCCAGGAGCCACUGCGCGAGCUGUACCCCAGCGAGGGCAUCUCGGGUGCCAAAGGCAUCGACUCGUGGCUCAGCGUCUGGAGCAACGGCCUGCUGCUCGAGAAUGUGGACGAGAAGCAGAAGAAGUUCACGCGCUUCUUUCCGAUUGAGGUGCUGCACUACUGUGCUGCCGUGCGCUACGUGCUGGUGCCGGCCAGCUCCGGCAGCGAAAAGGAGCGCGUGGCGCGCUUCCUGCCGCUCGACUCGCCAUUCGCGCGCAGCCCGAGCAUCGCUCACCCGCCACUCUUCGCCGCCAUCCUACGCCGCACCACCGGUAUCAAGGUACUCGAGUGUCACGUUUUCAUCUGCAAGCGCGAGACGCCGGCCAACGCGCUGGUGCGCUGCUGCUUCCACGCGUAUGCCGAUUCGAUGCAGGCGCGCCAGAUGGACGGCGGCCUGUACGGCUCCAUCUACGGCACGCUGCCGGGCGGCCGGCCGGCGCAGGCGACAUCCGCCCAGUCGGUAGCCGAGGCGCAGAUCGACGUCAUCGAGAAGGUGGAGGAGUGGCAGGCCGAGCAGGCGACGCCGCCGCUCGCCAAUGGCGGCGCCGCGCCCGAGAACGGCCAGGGUGACGAGCUAUCCGUCUACAACGGCGACAAGAACCACAAGGUGUGGGCCGGCUCGGGCCGCAGCGAGCGCGAGGUUGUCUACAACGAGUACGAGCUGGCCGGCCGCGGCGCCUCCGUGUACGGUUCGACGGGCUCGCGCGCCGCCCGGCCUCGUCAGCUGCUGAUGCCAGCCGCGCCACCGCCGCCGCCGCCACCGCCGCCACAGGCGCCCAUCGACACCGAGGUCAAGAAAAAGGUGCGCAAGCAGAAAGUGCGUGGGGAGCGUGGCUCGCCUGCCUCGCCCUCACGUGUCAACGGCCACGGCCACGCCAUGAACGGCCACGGCCACGCCAUGAACGGCCACGGCCACGCCAUGAACGGCCAUGGCCACACCAUGAAUGGCCACGGUCACGCCAUGAACGGCCACGUUCACGCCGUGAACGGCUACGGCCAUGGCAUGAACGGGCACGGCCAGAUCAUGAACGGUCACGGCCCCGGGCCCAGUAUGAACGGCCACAGCCACGCCACGAACGGCCACGGGAUGGGCGGGCCGCCGCAGCGGUCCGCCAGCGCUCUGAACAUGGCGUCGCGGCAGGAGCGCUCUCCGCGCGGCGAGAGGCCGGGCCCGGCGCAUCUGUACCCGCCGCAGCUGGUGUACGGCACGCUGCCGCCGCCGCCGCACAUGCAGGCCGUGCCGCUGCCACCCAUGAUGCCCGGCUACGGCCCGGCCGUGAUGACCCUGCCCUAUCCGAUGCGGCCCGGCUCGCGCGCCGUGGAGGAGCCGACGUACCUGCCGUCGGCGCGCCCGCUCAGCCCGACCGCCUCCUACCAGCCGGGCCACUUUCCGCACGAGGCGUACCUGCUGCAGCAGCAGUACGCCACCGUCGACCGGCGCCGCAAGGUGCGCCGAAAGCCACGCAAGGAGGCCACCGAGUCGCCGCCCAACACCGGCAUUUACAAGCGGCGCAACCACCUGAACGAGAAGGCGUUCGGCUUCUCGAUCCAACAGGAGCACCGGUCGCGUUCAUAUGGCUCGCUGGCCAAUCUGGAGGGCGGCGAGGCGCGACCGCACUCGCGCAACGAGGCGCGCAAGAGCCGCGAGAUGCAGCAGAUGAUGCACGAGCUCGACCUGAGCGCCGACGAGCUGGAGCGCUCCGAGGUGCGGCCCGGCAUGUACCGCGGCCCCGACUCGGUGUCGCAGCUCAGCCACCACUCGCACCACUCCGGCUUCCGGCGGUUGUGAAGCCGUGAACAGCCAGCUGACCCGGCCACGCUGGCGGCGUCA